AUGCCCGGACGACAAUCUCACGGACGCUCGCUGCUCGACCAGCCCAGGGGCAAGGGCAAGGGCAAGGGGAAAAAGCCACAGCAGCAGCAUCAGCACGGGGGCCGCAAGCCUGGCUCCCGCGCCACGGCGCUCGACGCCUUCGCCAUCGCGGCCAGGGAAGUGCCGACCAAGUCCGGGAUCCGGGGCACCAGGGCGCGCGACCUCGACUUUGAGCCCAACCAGCGCAAGCGGGGUCGGGAUGAGGAGGACGAAGACGAUGACGACGACGACGGGGAUGAUGACGACGAGGACGGGUCGGCGGAGCGGCGGAAGCGGGCAAAGAGGGGCGGCGAAGACGACGACGUCGAGUACGGCAGCGACAGCGAGGGUAACGAGUUCAUGAUGGGCGAGGUGGACGAGGACGACGAUUCCGAGAUUGACAGUGACGAGGCGUUUGGGGAGAGCGACGAGGAUAGGUUCGAUGGGUACACAUUCCGAGGCAGUAGCUCAAACAAGAAGCCUGCCAAGAGGAAGCCAAAGAGGGAUGAUGACAGUGAAGAUGGUGAGGAAGAAGAGGAAGAAGAGGAGGAUGACGAGGAUGCCGAGGAUGGGUCGUCACUUGGCGAGGAUGCAAUCGACUUGGCAGCGGCGUUGGACCAGAUGUCCGACGAUGACGAUGGUUCAGAGGGAGACACCGAGUCUGGGUCGGAAGAGGGCGAUGACGACGACUCUAGCUCCGACUCGUCCAUGUCUGACGAUGAUGAUCAGGACCCGUCGAAGCUGGAUGCGCUCCAGAGCCUCGCUACCGGCUUUGCAGGGAACGUCGACGACGAUGAGCCGGUCAACAGAACUAGCGGCAAGGCAAAAGUCAACCUCAGUGACUUGACCUCGACAGCCACCAAGGAACCAAGCAUGAAGAAGACGCUCAAACAGCUGCACAAAGACUCCAAGGCGGCAGACAAGCCCGGGAGCUCUCAAAAACUAGACGUGCCGUUGGCCAAACGACAGCAGGACCGCCUCUUGCGUAUCACCGCUGCUGAACAAGCCCACAAGACUCUCGACAGGUGGCAAGACACAGUGAAGAACAACCGCCGAGCCGAGCACCUUGUCUUCCCCCUUCCGGACACACAGCACGACGCCGGCCUCAGCAAGACAGAACUCGCCCCGCUCGACAAGAAGAGCGCUGGAAACGAACUGGAGCAGACCAUCCUUUCAAUCAUGGAGGAGAGCGGUCUUGGACCCAGCACAAGGGCGGAGCGCAAAGCCGACGGCGAUGGGGCACCGACUCAAUCCAUGACCCACGAAGAGCGGCAGGAGCUGCAGGCCCAGCGAAGGCGCGAACGAGAGCUCAAAUCCCGUGAGCAAGCCCGUGCAGCGCGGAUCAAGAAGAUCAAGAGCAAAGCGUAUCGCCGUGUACACCGCAAGGAAAAACAAAAGGCGCUUGAACUCGGCGAGGAGGGCGAAGGCGAGCCACUCGACUCGGAAGAGGAACGAGAGGCGCAGCACCGCGCGCGGGCAUUGGAGCGUGUCGGCGCGAAGCACCGUGACAGCAAGUGGGCGAGGUCAACCAAGAAGGCUGGCAUCGCUGGCUGGGACGAGAACGCGCGCACCGGCCUGAUAGAGAUGGCACGUCGUGAUCAGGAGCUCCGUAGGCGGGUCGAGGGCAGAGGCAAGUCUGGUGAUGGUGACAGCGAGGACGACGAGUCAGAAGGAGACAGCGGCUCCGACGAUGAAGACGGGCGCAGGAGGCUGCUCCUCGAGCUGGAGAAGGCAGAGGCUGCUCAAGACGAGCCGCAAUCCGAGUUGAUGAAGAUGAAGUUCAUGCAACGCGGCGAGGCUGUUCGUAAAGAGGCCAACGAUGCAUUAGUAGCUCAGCUUCGUCGAGAACUAAACUCGGAAGAUGAGCCCGACGAGGAUGACGAGGACGAGCCGACAGAGGUUGGACGCCGGGUCUAUGGUGGUGCCAACACCACUCAAACCAAACCGAAGAAGAGCGGUCUUGAAACAACAAAAAUUAGCGAUGAUCAACCACAAAAGUCGAAAGCUGCCUCCGCGAAAGCCGGCAACCCAUUCGUGUCGGCAUUCUCAGCUCCAUCAGCUCAGGCCGACGGGUCGGAGCCUGGGGCGGCUGGCAGCUGGUCACGCGCCGGUGCUGCCAAAAGAGCAGAAGGAAAAUCCGAUAAGCGAAGAAAAGCAGCAACUGGCGGGGCAGAAGACGCAGCUCUGGACAUUGACAACACCGUCAUGGCGAAACAGGUAGUCGUCAAGGCCAAGAAGCCCAAGACGGCUACUGGCACCACCGCCGCCACUGCUACCGACGCGGCCGACGGCUCGGAUUCCGAGGCCGAGGCCGAGCUGCACAUGCCCCUUGGGAUCCUGGACAAGGAGCUGGCGGACCGCGCCUUUGCCGGCGAGGAUCUCGUUGCAUCCUUUGAGCAAGAGAAGACGGCCGUCGAGGAGGAGGACGACGACAAGGUCAUCGACAACACCCUCCCCGGCUGGGGCAGCUGGGGCGGCGCGGGGGUCAGCAACCGCCAGAGGAAGAACCAGAAGAAGUUCUUGACAAAGGUUGAGGGCGUCAAGAAGAAGGACCGCAAGGACGCCAAGCUCGAGCGGGUGAUUAUCAGCGAGAAGCGCAUCAAAAAGAACGACAAGUACCUCGCAUCACAACUACCGCACGAGUAUGAGAACAAGGACCAGUACGAGCGCUCUCUGCGCCUGCCCGUCGGACCCGAGUGGACGACGAAGCAGACGUUCCAGAGCGCUACCAAGCCUAGGAUUCUGAUGAAGCAGGGCAUCAUUGCGCCCAUGGCCAAGCCCAUGUCGCGAUGA